AAGAGACGAUUGAAGGAUUUUAUUUUGUUAACAAACCCACGAGCAUGUCGGGAUAUCACCUUCUGUCCGUGUGGUAACCUGCAGCUGAACGCUUCUCUGAGACCGUCGGGAUGGAUCUGUGGGGACUCUAUCUGUUUCAUCUCCUAACUCUGGCUCUGUUAGAGGUGAUCCAGGCCGGUAGAGACUGCUUGCUGGCCGGAGACUCAUGCUCGGGUAAUGAGACUUGCAGUCCACGUCUGCGGACUUUGCGGCAGUGUGUGGCGGGUAAUGGCAGCGUGAAGCUGGGUCCUGGUGCCAGGAGUCAGUGUGCCAAUGCAGUGUCAGCCCUGCUGUCCAGCCCCUUACAAGGCUGCCAGUGCAAACGAGGCAUGAAGAAAGAAAAGAACUGCCUCAGCAUCUACUGGAGCCUUCAUCAGUCCAUCAUGCACGGACUGAACCUGGUGGAGAGUUUUCCCUAUGAGCCUGUACACAGGGAGUACGACUACGUCCGCUUGGCCUCUAUAGCAGCUGAGUCUAAAGUUGGCAUGACGACAGUGAACCGCUGCCUGGAUGCAGCGAAGGCCUGCAAUGUGGACGAUUUGUGCCAAAAGCUCCGCACAGAGUACGUCUCGGCCUGCAUCAAACCCACCGCCAAGUCGGGGCUUUGCAACCGGCCUAAAUGCAACAAAGCGCUGCGCAGGUUCUUUGACCGCGUCCCCGCCGAUUACACACAUGAACUGCUCUUCUGCCCGUGUACAGACACGGCGUGUGCAGAGCGUCGCCGGCAGACGAUUGUACCCAGCUGCUCUUAUGAAAGCGGAGACAAACCAAACUGCAUCACACAGAUGGGGAUCUGCAAUGCUGACUAUGUGUGCAGGUCUCGUCUCGCUCAGUUUCAGUACGACUGUGAACCGUCUGAAACAUCUGCCAACGGCUGCAGCCGCAAAGACCAUGGAGCCUGUCUCCUCGCCUACACAGGGCUCAUAGGAAGUACAAUGACUCCAAACUACGUUGACAACUCCACGUCCAGCGUGGCUCCGUGGUGCACCUGCUCCUCCAGCGGGAGCCGCAAAGACGAGUGUGAAACGUUCCUGGGACACUUUACCAACAACAUCUGUCUCCGUAACACCUGUCCCAUGAGUAACCUGUCCAUGAGUAACACCUGUCCCUUUGAGUAA